AACUUUAGGAAACCAAAUUAUGAGCGUUGUCCUAAAUUCCCAUACCAGCUCCCAAAAACCAAACCGCCGCCGCCGCCGCCACCAUCACCAUCAUCCACCGAAGACGAAGAAGAGAACUACGAAAAGCUGCUGCGAUCUCUCUUCUUUUGCUCCAUCGGCAUCAGAUCCAUCCGAUAGUGAUUCGAAUUUUUACGGAUCUCGCCGAUCAGCCCCGUUUGAUCUCGAACCCCGAAGAUGAAUUCCAACUAUGGCAAACCCAACAACCCGCAACGCAGCUCCGGUUCCCUCAACACCUUCGAUUUUGACAUCGGCAUCGGUUCGAACAAGCCCAGGUCCCUGAACGAUCAGAGGAACAAGACCACGACCACGACCACCUCCUCCUCCUUCUCGUACGCCCCCAUGUCGUCGCCUGCGCAGCCCUCGAGGCCCGCGUGGCAGGCCAACAAGCCCUCGUGGACCCACCAGCCCCCCGCCGCCGCCGCCGCCGCCCCGGCUCAGUCGGCCGGGGCAGCGUCCCUGGGCGGGCCCACGUCGAUGGUCGGCGACAUCUUCGGCAAGAGCUGGUCGUCGUCGUCGGCGACGGGUUCUUUGGGGUCAGGGUUAGGGUUGGGGUUGGGGAUUGGGAUCGCGAAGAAGGACCCGAACUUGUUCGGGGAUUUGGUUAGCUCGGCUUUAGGAGGGCAGGGAAAGGGCAGCAGCGGCAAUGUCCCGUUGAAGAACACGACGCCGGCGGCGCCGGCGCCGGCUGCAUUGGCUGGCAAGACUGCAUAUUCGAUGGGGAAUUUAGGAGAUUCGCUGCCAAAAUCUGGUAAUUCGAUGUACAAUAGUGGAAGUUGGGGAUCUGGUGGUUAUAGUACUGGUGGCAUUGCGGGUGUUAAUCGGAAUGGCGUGAAUGCUAACAGUAAGAGCGCAACUCUCGGAGGUCCUUCGAUGCAAAAUAUGGCUGCUGCAUCUGGUGGUGGAGGUGGAACCAAUACCAAUAAGGAUCCGUUCAGUAAUUUGGUUGGUUUCGGAUCGAAACAGCAGUCGGGCAGUCUUAACUCAACGAGCAAAGCUAGUGCUAAGACUGGCACCGGUAAUCAGGAGUUUGGAGAUUUUCAGAAUGCUCCGACAUCUGGUACAACAUUCUCGUCGAGCGGGAUUUCCGCAAAUAAAAGCUAUUUUGCUGCAUCAAAUAUGAGCUUUGAUUCGAAAAUGGAUGAUUUUGGGAUGCCUGCCAAGAAUUUCAGUCAGCAGAAUCAGACUCCUGUUCAGAGCUCAGGCACAGACAGUUUCGAUGUGUUGUUCUCUUCAUCCUCUGGCUCGGCAUCUGUUGGUGGUGCCACUGGAGGACAGCAAGCUGUGGAAGUGGAUGACUGGGGUUUGGAUUCAGAUUUUGGAGGAGGAAAUGAGGGCGGCGGCUCCACCACAGAGCUUGAGGGGCUUCCACCGCCUCCUUCAGGCGUAUCAUCUUUAACCGCUAUGAACAAGGGCAUGGAUAAUCAGAAGCAAGGGCAAUAUGCCGAUGCAAUUAAGUGGUUGUCGUGGGCUGUGAUUCUCCUCGAAAAGGCUGGAGAUAAUUCUGCCACCACGGAAGUCUUGUCGUGCCGAGCCUCAUGUUACAAAGAAGUUGGGGAGUAUAAGAAGGCUGUGGCAGACUGUACAAAGGUGCUAGAACAUGACGAUGCAAAUGUAGCCGUUCUUGUACAGCGAGCUCUUUUGUAUGAGAGUAUGGAGAAGUACAGACUUGGCGCAGAAGACCUGAGGACGGUGCUGAAGCUCGAUCCUCUUAACAGAGUUGCUCGAAGCACUAUUCAUCGCUUGAACAAAAUGGCAGAUUAAGCAACCUGCUGAAACUUAUUCGUAUACUUCUUUUCCUCAAGCCAUGAGCCAUACUUAUUCCCCUUCUCCAAUUUUGUUGGGGGAAUAGUAAAAAUCUUAUCCUUUGUCCGAGAUUCAGUUUCACAUUGGUUGUAAAACUUUUGAGUGUAUCACGUAUUGUAUUUGCUUCCAUUUUCAUCGGAUGCUUCCUGCAACUAAUUCUUGAUUGUCACUUCAUAAAGGUUUGAGAUUUUUGAGUUUUUCUCUA